GAAUUCUGGACUCACCAUUCCCAAUCGCACACCUACGCAGCAAAGAUCGUUCCAUCCACUUUCUCUCUCUAGAACUUUCUCUCUCCUCUUUUCCUUCUUUCCCAACAAAGAAACAUCCUCCGAUCGCUUGCGUCUCCCGUUCGCCCACUUCCGAAAGCCCUAGAUUAAAAUCUGACCGCAUUUCCAUCUCCAGAUCUCUUGAAUCGUAGGAGAGAAAGAGAGAGAGGAAGAAAGCAAAAGACUUUUUUUUUGUUUUUGUUUUUUUUUAUUUUUUUAAGAGAAAUUUAAUAAGAAAAGACAAUCUGCAUGAGCUGGUUUGGGAAGCUGGGGCUGAUAAUAUUAUUGAAUUCCACCGGUUCCAAUCACUUCAUAACGUGUCUUUUAAUCUUUAUUUUCCAUUGUUCUCCUCAAUUGCCUCCUCUCUUUAAAUUCGACGAGAAAAAAUCCAUUGAUCCUUUGCUAAGUAAUUCCAAUUUUAAUUCUGAUUAUAAUUUUAAUCGGAAAAGUAAUCCCAGUCGAUUGUCGCUAGAUCAUGGAGUCUGGAAACAGGAGUAGUCCCCAGUUGCGCAGAGCUGCUUGCAAUUCCAAUGUGGAGAGGAUGAAAACGACGUCUCCGUCGGUUAUCGUCAUUGGCGGUGGUAUUGGUGGCCUUUCGGCGGCGCGUGCUCUUCACGAUGCCUCUUUUCAGGUGAUGGUGCUGGAGUCACGGGACCGACUUGGUGGUCGAGUUCACACGGAUUACUCAUUUGGUUUUCCUGUUGACCUCGGUGCAUCAUGGUUGCAUGGAGUUUGUAAAGACAACCCCUUGGCACCAUUGAUAGGGAGGCUUGGUUUGCCCCUGUACCGUACUAGUGGGGAUAACUCUGUUUUGUAUGACCAUGAUCUAGAGAGCUGUGCACUCUUUGACGUGGAUGGAAAGCAAGUUCCACAAGAGUUGGUUGCCAAAGUUGGUGAGGCAUUUGAGAGCAUUUUGGAAGAGACAGAUAAAGUAAGACAAGAAUUCAGUGAGGACAUGUCCAUAAGGCGUGCUUUCUCUAUUGUUUUUGAUAGGAGACCAGACCUAAGGUUGGAGGGGCUUGCCCAUAAGGUACUUCAGUGGUAUUUGUGCAGAAUGGAAGGCUGGUUUUCUGCAGAUGCUGAUACAAUCUCAGUUAAAUGCUGGGAUCAGGAGGAAUUGCUUCCUGGUGGUCAUGGACUGAUGGUAAGAGGAUACCUUCCAGUUGUUAACACCCUUGCAAAAGGUCUUGACGUUCGCUUGGGUCACAGGGUUACAAAAAUUGCAAGGAGAUAUAAUGGAGUGAAGGUAACGGUAGAAGAUGGGACAACUUUUGCUGCAGAUGCUGCGGUUAUUGCAGUUCCUCUUGGUGUGCUGAAAGCAAAUAUCAUAAAGUUUGAACCAAAGCUUCCAGACUGGAAGGAAGCAGCCAUUGCUGAUCUUGGAAUUGGUCUUGAGAAUAAAAUAGCAUUGCACUUCGAUAAGGUCUUCUGGCCAAAUGUUGAGUUCUUGGGAGUUGUUGCGGAGACAACUUAUGGGUGCAGCUACUUUUUAAAUCUCCACAAGGCAACUGGCCAUCCUGUCCUUGUCUAUAUGCCUGCGGGGCAGCUCGCUAAAGACAUCGAGAAAAUGUCUGAUGAAGCAGCUGCAAAUUUUGCAUACUUGCAACUCAAGAACAUCCUUCCCGAUGCUUCUGACCCAAUUCACUAUCUUGUUUCACAUUGGGGCACAGACGUUAACUCAUUAGGGUCCUAUAGCUAUGAUGAAGUAGGCAAAUCACACGAUCUGUAUGAGAGGCUAAGGAUCCCAGUUGAUAACAUAUUCUUUGCUGGGGAGGCAACAAGCAUGGAGUAUCCUGGAUCCGUGCACGGUGCAUUCGCAACUGGACAGAUGGCUGCUGAAGACUGCAGGAUGCGCGUCCUCGAGCGUUACGGGGAGUUGGAUUUGUUCCAGCCGGUCAUGGGUGAGGACGGCUCGGUGUCUGUCCCCCUUUUGAUCUCCCGUAUGUAGUACUUCUAGGCCAAACCCCUCUUAUUAAAAUUAUGUAUAACUAUGCAUUGUGGAGUGUUUAACAUGGGAUCUGGCUAACACGUUAUUGCCAAUUUGAUUUGGGCUGGCUGUGAAAAUUUGUUGAUAAUUCUCUUUUCCCCUUGGUUAAUCAGUCGAAACAUUGUUGGUUUAUGUGUAGCGUAUUCUAUCAUUGCGUUGGUGUUGGACAUGCUAAAUAAUAUUGAAUCGAGUCUGUUGUUUA